CGAACUGUUUUCAAUUUAACGUUCAUUUAGGUUUGAAAACUUGAACAGUUCGAACACGGUGAAACAAACGAGUUAUAUUUUUUUACUAUUUACCUAAUUUUUAUUAUUUAUUGUGUCGUGUGUUUAAUAUUUUAUUCAAUUAAUCAAUAUGAGGGAAAUCGUACACAUUCAAGCUGGACAAUGCGGUAACCAAAUCGGAGCUAAAUUUUGGGAAAUCAUCUCCGAUGAACACGGUAUCGAUGCUACCGGAACCUACCACGGUGAUUCCGAUUUACAAUUAGAAAGAAUUAAUGUAUAUUACAAUGAAGCCUCCGGCGGCAAAUAUGUACCUCGCGCUAUUUUGGUCGAUUUGGAACCAGGUACCAUGGAUUCCGUUCGUGCCGGACCUUUCGGUCAAAUUUUCCGACCUGAUAACUUCGUAUUCGGCCAGUCUGGUGCUGGUAACAAUUGGGCCAAAGGACACUACACCGAAGGUGCUGAAUUGGUAGACUCAGUUUUGGAUGUUGUAAGGAAAGAAGCUGAAAGUUGCGAUUGCUUACAAGGUUUCCAAUUGACUCACUCGUUAGGAGGUGGUACCGGUUCCGGUAUGGGUACUUUACUUAUUUCAAAAAUACGCGAAGAAUAUCCCGAUAGAAUAAUGAACACUUACUCAGUCGUACCAUCACCUAAAGUUUCAGAUACCGUAGUAGAACCAUACAACGCCACAUUAUCAGUCCACCAAUUGGUCGAAAACACCGACGAAACUUACUGUAUCGAUAACGAAGCCUUAUACGAUAUCUGCUUCAGAACGUUGAAACUUACCACCCCCACAUACGGUGACUUGAACCAUUUAGUAUCGUUGACGAUGUCCGGUGUAACUACCUGCUUACGAUUCCCUGGUCAAUUGAACGCCGAUUUACGUAAAUUAGCCGUCAACAUGGUUCCAUUCCCCCGUCUUCAUUUCUUCAUGCCUGGUUUCGCUCCGCUCACCUCACGAGGCAGUCAACAAUACCGCGCUUUAACCGUACCCGAAUUAACCCAACAAAUGUUCGACGCUAAAAACAUGAUGGCCGCUUGCGACCCGAGACACGGAAGAUAUCUGACCGUCGCCGCCGUAUUCCGUGGACGUAUGUCGAUGAAGGAAGUCGACGAACAAAUGUUAAAUAUCCAAAACAAGAACUCCAGCUACUUCGUCGAAUGGAUCCCGAACAAUGUUAAGACUGCCGUUUGUGAUAUCCCACCCAGAGGUUUGAAAAUGUCCGCCACUUUCAUCGGUAACUCGACCGCCAUCCAAGAACUGUUCAAACGUAUCUCCGAACAAUUUACCGCUAUGUUCCGUCGUAAAGCUUUCUUGCAUUGGUACACCGGAGAAGGUAUGGACGAAAUGGAAUUCACCGAAGCCGAAUCCAACAUGAACGAUUUAGUAUCCGAAUACCAACAAUACCAAGAAGCCACCGCCGACGAAGAUGCCGAAUUCGAAGACGAACAAGAACAAGACGUCGAUGAAAAUUAAAUUACCCUCGCCUUUCCUCUUCUCUUCUGAUCUUAUUUGUACGAUGAGAGCUUAUCAGCUGAGCUUUUUUUGUGUCGAAUUCCUCCCCCUUUUUUCUUUUGUAUCCUUUUGUCCUGAAUGUUUUUUCUUUUUUUACUGCUUACGUCGUAAUAUUUUAUGUACCAUAUUUAUUAAAACCGUUAAAACCUAAGAAUCACCCCUCCUUAUUAAUUUUCGCGCCGCAUUUAAUCCUCUUUACUUUU